CUGUGCGAGGGGACACGAGCCCCGGUGGCCGAGUGGGGACCCCGGGGGCGAGGAGACAGGCGGAGGGGCAGGACCGCGGGCCUGCGCAGGUGGCGAUGCGGACCCCUCUCCGCGCAGCCCGGGGCGCUCCGGGGACGCGGGCGGCGGCGCGGGGGGCCCGGCGGCAGCGGCGGCGGGGCUUUUCCGAGAGGAGGGGGUGGGGAUGCUGAGUCACCCAUCUGUCACGGCUCCGCACCUCUCCCCAGCCCUCCGGGGGCCAAAGCAAAAGCGAAAGCGAAUGCGACUGGCGGGGCGGCCAGUCCCGGGAGUGGCGCCCGCCACCGCCUCGGGGACGUCGGGCAUCUGCCCGCGCGGCCGGCGGGGCGUCGGGGCGGCCGCGAGCCCGGGGGCCGGCGGGCGGGAGCGCGGCCGAGCGUGCGGACAUGGGCCGGCGGCCGCCCCAGGGCUGCGGGCUCCGCGCCCUCCCCGCGCCGCUGCCGCUGCUGCUGCUGCUGCUGCUGCUGCUCCGGCCGCCGGCGACGCCCGGUGUCACGUGCCCUCCUCCCACAUCUGUGGAACAUGCAGACAUCCGGGUCAAGAGUUACAAACUGAACUCCACCGAGCGGUAUACCUGUAACACUGGCUUCAAGCGGAAAGCCGGGACGUCCACCCUGACAGAGUGCGUGCUUAACAAGACCACGAACACUGCCCACUGGACAAUUCCCAAUCUCAAGUGCAUCACCAGUUCUGAAGCAAGUCUCCACCCUCAGGCUCAUAAAUGCCAUGUGGUUAUGCUCUCUCUAGGAGACCCCUCCCUGACUCAUCUAAAGCCAUCCUCUACAGAAAUGCCGGCAGGGGUGACCCCAGAGCCAGAGAGCACCUCCCUUUCUGGAAAAGAGCCAGCUUUCACUUCCAAGUCAGACAGCACAGUGGCCACAAAGGCAGCUACUGAGCCAGGCUCCAGGCUGAUACCAUCAAAGCCUCCGGCUGCGGGAACCACAGGGGUAAUCAAUAAUGAACCCUCCCGAGCCCCAGCUCAGACAACAGCAAACGCCUUGGAACACACCCCCUCUGCCUCGCAGGAGACGCCAGGUACCUAUUCAUACAGUUCCGGAACUGUGACUGCGGCCAUCGUCAUGCCUGUCGCUGUGCUCUGUGUAGUAUGUGUGGGACUUCUGGUGUGUUACAAAAGAUCCAGGCAAACUUCACAGAUAUGCACUGUUGCAAUGGAGAACAUGGAAGAGAUACCAAUGACUGGGGGAACCAACGGCAGAGACGAGGAUGCAGAAAACCAAGCACACAACCUAGGAAACUCCAGGGGGAAGCUGAGGGCAGCCAAGGCUGAAGCAAGGAUGCCAACUCUUCCCUAGCCGAAGAGGUCCAAGGAAAGACUCAGGUGUUGGGUGCCAGCAAAGAGCCCAUCAGGAUGAUAAAACAAACAUGUUGGUGUCAUUUUAUCGACUGUGGCCAGCCGAGACACCUCCUGUAUUUGUAGCCUCUCCAGUCUCAGGAUGCCCUGUCUCAGGAGUAGGGCUGACUUCCUAAAGUCCUGGCACUUGAAGCUUUCCUGGGAGUGGCUGGACACCUCGGCCUUCCUUUUACUUCAUUAAGACAUUUAUUCAGGAGAGCUCAUCAGCUUGACUAUUCCAUCCCGCAUCCCUACUUGCAGUUCACAAAGAAGAGAAGUAAAUACACCUGCGGCUGGAAGAGAAUUAUGCGGCUCCUCCUGGCUUAUGAGACGGCUGCGAGGAUGACAACGUCAUCGUAGCUCCUAACCACCGUCUCUCCAGUUAGGUGCUCUGCAUGCACUGAAAAGGAGCAAAGAGGUACUGUGCCCAGUGAGUCCUCUUGGUUUAAGGAUUCAGAAAGAAGGAAACUGAACUCAGUGACAUUUCCCAUAUAUACGUUUUUCUAUUUAUACUCCUUGUCAAUUAUAGCUACAUAUUUUAUAACUGUUAUUUUGAAAUUGUACCUUGUAUAAACAAAAUGUCUAUUUUCAAUACAAAAAAAAAAAAUAGUGCACUGAAAGAAUCACUGAGGAGAAACAUACCACAAAGAAAAAAAAGGAGAAAGCAGGGGAAUACAGAGCCCCAAAUGGUAGAGCUUGGCCUCUCUUUCUAAAAGUAGAAAAAAAAAAAUCUUGCCUAAAUCUGGAUCUGAUCUCAGUUCUGGAAAACCUCUAAUAAGACCUCCAUGUGAGAAGCAACAGGUUAUGGUCCAGGUGUGCCUGGUGCACACAAUCUCUUUCCCUGUGUUGUUCUCUUUCUUUCCUUUAGAACAUGUAUUUAUAAAAUCACAGGCCUGAUCUCACCUCCUCCUUUUAUCAAUGAGAAAAUUGAGGCCGAUAGCAGUUGACUUGCCCAAGGUCACAUGGCUCCACUGAUGCCAGCUUGGAUGAAAUUUAGGAAGGGCAGUGGGGUAGGAGAGGAGCAGUCCCCACUAUAAAUGGGCCAUGAGCCGCCUCCCGCACAGCCAGGGGGCAGCCAGGGAGCCACCGCCAGUAUCGGGGAAGUGGGGCACAGGCUACAGCAGCAAGCAUCCCCGUGCCUCCAGAAGCUCUCAAAGUAUCCAUUCCUUACCAACUUCCCGUCAUCACUUUAGAUGGUUUCAUCAAAAGGGAAGGAAGGGUAGGAAUUUCAAAUGGCCAGAGUUGGGAUUUUAGAGCCACACCCUUUUUCACUCUCUGCGAUUCUCUUUUCGAACGAGAGGAAACUCACUGCCACGCACGAGCUGAGCCAUGUUCAUUGCCGUCGGGCUCCAUACUUGAUUAUCCUGAACCUGACUGUUGCAACUUUUUGCUUCUCUCUUCAGCCCUGCGUUUCUGGAGUUCACCAUUAACUGGAUCCAUUUUGUUCUUUAUAAGAAGUUUUAAGAGUUUGACCCUUGUCUUAAAAACCAAUCUGACAGAAGACACAACUUACACACACACACACAAGCUGGCAGAUGUUCAGCAGAGCCAGAAUUCUGAAAGGUGUCUGUGGCUGUACGAGGGGUGAGUCACAUGGCCACUUCAUGGGUCUGCGGUUCCACUUCACUGUCAUCUUUGGAAAAUAAUACGAUGACCUCUGGGCGGCCCAUUUCUAAGCUGUAGAAUCACCUGGUUCAGGUCCAUCACAGAAUAAGUCUGUGAUCCAUGAGGCACCAACCAAGUUCAAGCUGGGGAAAUUGCACGACAAAAAAAUAGAUCUAGAAAAGUAGAUCUAGACCCAGAAGCAAGCAGCAUCGGGUGGAGCUGAGGUCUGGAAGGAUGGAGGCCAGGAGGGUGAGGGUGAAUAAAUAAAUCAAGUGGGUUUUUUUUUGUUUGUUUUUUAAGUGAAGAGGUAAAAUGAAUUCUCCUACUGGGUGGUACAGUCCUCCUAGGGACACGUUUAAGUAACUUGUAUGAUGCCAAAACACACCACGGCCCCAGAAUUUACCCCCUGAGCAGUGAUGGACAUCUUGAAAUUAGGAACUGUUUUCAUCUUUGAAUUUUCAGGGACUGAUGCAGUGCCCUGCAGGUGAUUACCAAAUGCUGGAUAAAUAAAUUAAAAUGCUCUUAACUGAA